AUGGCAUCGGCGACGACAUAUGGGCUGAUUCUAUUGGGAAAUAGUGGAGUGGGGAAAAGUUUCUUAGCAAAUCGAUUACUCAACGAUGACGAAGCAUUUGAGAGCCGAUUCUCCGCGCAAUCUGUUACUCGUCAUACAGAAUGGAAAGACAUGUCAACAAAUAUUGGAAGAUAUACCUUUUCUGUGGCGAAUAUUCCCGGUUUGGUUGAGGCAAAUCAGAAAUUAAUUGAUGAAAAUCGUAUGGAAAUUAUGAAAGCAUUUGAGCAAUGUCCUUGGGCAGUCGUUCUCUUCGUGUUUGGACUAAACAAUGGACGCAUACCAGACGAAGAUUUAGUUGCGUUCAAGCGAAUUAAUGAUGCGUAUGAUUUUCCGACUGAAUCGUUGCUUCUUAUCGUCAAUGCGGUCCCGUCGGGCCGACCUGAUGGUUAUGAAGAGAAAACUGCACAAUUACUUGAAGAACUUACCUCUACAGACAAAAGUCAUAUAUACUUUGUCGAAAAAUCAACAUCAGAGAAAAGUAAAAAAGAUAUCCAUGAUCUCCUAUGCGAGGCAAUAUCAAAAUGUGAGCCCGUUCAUCACACAAGGAAACGCGAUAUCGAACUAUUGAGUGAUGAAAUUUCUCGAUUGAAAAUGGAGAGUAAAUAUCGACAGGAUCAGUUGUUGGCACAAGAGGCUGAGCAUUUCAAGAAACAGACACUGAGUACAGCUUUACAAAGAAAUCAGUUGUCUACUAUGACACUAAAAUCAAAGCGUGAUCUUGCAGAUGAUAAGACGCGUUUUGAUGAAAUGAUGGAAGUUAUCGACGCCGAACAUGUUCGAAAUAUGGAAAAACUCAAGAGGAUGCAAGAGAACUCAAAUGCAGUUGCUGUUCAACAAUUGACUGAUCAAUUCAUAGAAAAUGACCUGAACAAAGAAUUGCUUGAUCAGAUGUCAGCGUCACCUAACGUUAUUGUCGUUUGCGAAAAGAAACGACAAAAAAAACUGACUAAAAUAUUGAGCACUAUUAGUGGUCUUGUUUUUGGCGAGGAACGAUCGGAUGAUGCUGCACAGCAGAAUGCCUCAAGUCACUAUAUCAAUGAUAGAAACUACCAGUCGACUGCGUCUCGUUCAUCGAACCAUCAUUAUCAAUGA